ACUUUGCAGAUGGAAAAAAUAAAGGCACGUCUGAAAGCAGAAUUUGAAGCCCUGGAGUCUGAGGAGAGGCACCUGAAAGAGUACAAGCAGGAAAUGGACCUGCUGCUGCAAGAGAAGAUGGCCCAUGUGGAGGAGCUGCGACUGAUCCAUGCAGAUAUUAAUGUGAUGGAGAAUACUAUCAAGCAGUCUGAGAAUGAUCUCAACAAGCUCUUGGAAUCUACUCGUCGCCUGCAUGAGGAGUACAAACCCCUGAAGGAGCAUGUAGAUGCUUUGCGGAUGACUCUGGGAUUGCAGAGGCUGCCAGAUCUAUGUGAGGAGGAAGAGAAACUGUCCCUUGACUACUUUGAAAAGCAGAAAGCAGAAUGGCAGACGGAACCACAGGAGCCUCCUAUCCCAGAGUCUCUGGCUGCAGCUGCAGCAGCUGCCCAACAGCUGCAAGUGGCUAGGAAACAAGAUACCAGACAGACAGCAACUUUCAGACAACAGCCACCUCCAAUGAAGGCAUGUUUAUCGUGUCACCAACAAAUUCAUCGGAAUGCACCUAUAUGUCCACUCUGCAAAGCAAAGAGCCGAUCUCGGAAUCCCAAAAAGCCCAAGAGGAAACAGGACGAAUGAGACCUAGAAGACUGACAAGCAAACACAUGACCUGUUCCAGUACUCUUUCAGUAGAACUGCAGAUGUGGCCAGACUUUACUGAAGCGCAAACUCAAGUAUGACCGACCCAUUGUUUUCUAUUUAAUGCAACGUAAGCACAAUGUUCCUAUUCUGUCUUAAUUUCCUUCCAGUCCUUAGGAUUUGGUUUUAGGAAAGUAAGUAUUACUGGUGCUACAGUUUAACAUUUCAAUCUUUCCAUCCUUUGGACUCGUAAGCAAAGUAGAAUUCUUAUGCAAGUAUCCUAAAUGCCAGGCUAUUCCUACUGGCCAAAUGUGAUUACCACAAAUGUUUUGAUGUUCUGUUUUUAAAAACACACACCACUAAAAGAUUAUUGUUUUCUCCUGAUAACAGGAAACUGUGAAGUGCUGAAAUAGCAGAUGGUCUGUUUGUUCCA